AUGAAAAGCAAAAUUUUAAAUAAGAGUACCAAAAAUGAAAAUAAAAAUAUUUUAAUUAAAAACGAUAAUUUAUCUCAUUUAAAAAAUCCCAAUAAAAAAUUGACAUACAACAAUUUAUUUAUCGAAAAAUGUAGCGGUCUAAAUGAUGUUAAUGGAAAUAUAAAGGAUUCAUAUUUAAUGAAAAAAAUUAAAGCCAAUGAUAACAAAAAAUUUAUUUUAGAUUUAAAGGAUUUAUGUCAUAAAGAAAUAUACAUAAAUAAUUUAGGUAAUUUAAAUAUAGAGAAUUUUAAGUCAGAAAAUACGCUAAAUAUUCCAAAUUAUAAAAAAAAAAAAAAAAAAAAUUGGGAUCCUAUUGAUGAAAAAGAAACAAAUUAUAUAGAUAUUAGUAAUGCUAAUAGUGACAAUUUAUAUAUAUUUGAAAAUGUGAAUAAAAAAUUCAAUAAAAGAUUAAAGCAUAAGUGCAAAAAUAAUACUAUAAAAGAAAAUUUUAAAAAUACAAAAAAGCACUGUUCUAAAAUUUGGAAAGAUGAUGAAAACAAUAAAAAGAAAGAUAAAUUACAAAAAUUAUAUAUUUCUAUAAAUAAAAAUGCUCAAAAAGAAACUCAAGAUAAUAAAAAUUUCUGUAGAAAUAUUUUCGGAAUUGAUGACAUUAGUUAUAAAGAAUGCCAAAAUGAACUUACUUAUAAAAUAUGUGAAAAAAAAAGGAAUUGCAAUAAUAUAUAUGGUAAUAAUAAUACUAUAUAUAAAAAAUCUGGAAAUAAUAACGAAAGUAAUUUUUUUAAAUUGGCAGAUGAUGAUAAAAAUAACCACUUAAAAUUGGGAAAUAAUCAUAAAAAUGAUUCUUUUGAAAUAAUAAAUAAUAAUGCAGAAUAUGAUUGUAUAGGUUUCGUAUGUGAUGAAGAAUAUAUGUGUGAAAAUUUUCAUUUUGAUGAAGAUCAUGUAGAAAGUCCUGAUAGAAUAAAAUGUAUUAUAAAAGAAUUAAAAGAAAAAAGUGUUAUAAAUAAAAUGAUUCAAAUAAAGUGCAGAGAAGCUUUAUUCGAUGAAAUAAAGCAAUGUCAUUCAAGUAGGCAUAUUAAUAAUAUUUUUUAUUCAUUGAAAAAAAAAUUAAAAUAUAAAAAGAAAAGAGUUAUAUACCCUUUUGACAAACAUGAUACUUAUUAUACUUCACAUACGGGAAUUGUAUCUAAAAGAGCUAUUGGAGGAUUGUUAAAUUUAUGUGAUGCAAUUUUGUCUGAUAAAAAUGAGAAGUUUAAAUUUAUUGACUUUAAAAAAUCAAUUCUUUAUAAUUAUAAUUUUUUUAAAAAUGUUUCCCAUAAUAAUAUAAAUAAAUAUGAGGGAAGUAAAAUAAAUAAUUUUAUUCAUUUAAAGCGUUCUGAGUCGGAUAGUAAUUUACAUAUUAGAGAAAAAUCAAAAAAUAAUAUAUUUACUGAGCAUUGUGAAAAUAGCAUAUUUAGAAACCAAGAUAUCUAUAUAGAAAUCUGUAAUAAUAACGAUAUUUAUUAUGAUAAUAAUUAUAAAGUUGAUAAUAAUUAUUAUAAAGAAAAUUUCAUUAAUGCGAAACCAGAAGGAAACCCAAUAUAUAGUGGCUUAGAUAACAUAUAUAAUAUACAAAACUAUAAAAUGUUUAAAAAAAAUUAUCGCAGUUAUUCUACUAGUAUGUUUAACAUGAAUGAUUGUAAUAAUAAUAAUUCUUUUACUGAUAUAACUUGCGGUUUUGCUGCAAUUAGACCUCCUGGCCAUCAUUGUAGUAAAAAUAACUCCUCUGGAUUUUGUAUUUUUAAUAAUAUAAGUAUUGCUUGUAAAUAUAUAUCUAAAAAAUAUGGGAUUAAAAAAAUUUUUAUUUUUGAUUGGGAUGUGCAUCAUAACAAUGGAACACAAGAAAUAUUUUAUAGUGACAAAGAUGUCCUAUGCUUUUCUAUACAUAGAUUUGACAAAAAAAAAGUAAAAAUAAAUAAGAAAAAAAAUAACACAAAAAAUGCAAACGAAAAUUCUAAUAAUAAAAAUAUGAAAAAGAGCAAUAAGAAAGCAAAAAAAUCAUGUAAAGUAAAUGAAGAAAAUUUGUUUUUUCCAUGUAGUGGAGCAAAAAACGAAUUAGGAGAUAAAAAUGGUUAUAUGUUUAAUAUUAAUGUACCAUUAGAAAAAGGAUAUAAUAAUUGCGAUGUUUAUUAUGUAUUUAAAUAUUUACUAAUACCAAUGUUGAAAAAAUUUCAACCUGAAUUUAUUUUUAUAUCAUGCGGUUUUGAUGCAUCCGUUAAUGAUCCAUUAGGAGAAUGCAAUCUUACUCAUAAUUUAUAUCAUUGGAUGACUUUACAAUUAAAAAAUUUUGCAAAUAUUUUUUGUAAUGGUAGAAUUAUUUUAGUUUUAGAGGGAGGAUAUAAUUUGAAUUAUUUACCUAAAUGUACUUUGGCAUGCAUAAAAGCAUUAAUUAAAAAAAAUACUAACUCCAAACAAGAAAAUGCCAUAAAAAAGUUACAUUCUAGUAAAUAUAUGAAAAAAAGUUCAAAAGAGAUACUUAUGAAUAAGCAAAAUAAUAUUUCAUUUGAAACUAAUAUUAGUAAUAAAUUCUAUUCUCAUUCAUCUACAAAAAAAUUUUAUUAUAACCCUGAAAAUUUUUUAGAUAAAAAAACAAAUAUUGAAAAUACAAAUGUAUUUAAUUUAGAUAACUUUUCCAAUUGCAUUAAUUUUAACUAUAACUUAAAUAAUGAUACACAAAAUAAUUUUUACAAACUAAGAAAUUAUUUGGAUUGCUACAACAAAUCUAUAGAAUUAUAUAAUAAAGAUACCCAUAUAAAUACAACGUCAAAAAAAAAAAAAUUAUUAGCAACUAGUAAAUUGCAUUAUUCUACAUAUAAAGUUAUAAAAUAUUUUUCAUGUAUAUUAAAAGGAGAUCCUUUUCAUUUGGAUAUAAAACUACCGCCAUAUAAUUAUUUCAUAAAGAAAGAAGUUGCAAUAUAUAAAAAUAAAAAAAAUCCUAAGGAAACAAUAACUAAAGAUAAACUAAAAAUGGAAAAUAAAUUAUUUGAUAAUUAUUGCAGCAGUGGAAUUAUUAAUCUAAUAAAUCUAAAAGAAAAUAAAAUAAAACUAAAUGAUUUUACUCAAAAAUGCAUAAAAUAUUCUUCAGAAUCAUCAACAACAAUAUCGAAUAUAUCUCAUAGGGAUUUAUGCAUAUCUAAUGACGAAACAGAAUAUGAUACUUCAUACAGCUCCAAAAACAGCAAAAAAAAAGUUAUAAUAUUAAAUAGAUUAAAAUUAAAGAUAGGUAAAGAUAUUAAUGCUUCGUCAUAUUUUCCAAUUAUAAAUAUGGAAAAAAAAGGUAAAGAAAAGAAAAAAAAAAAAUCAAAUUAUAAUAUAAUUGAAAAUUUAAAUAAAAAUGUGGAGACAUGGGACUUAACAAAUUUAGGAAAUAAUGAUCAAACAAAUUAUUCAGAAAUUAAUGAUUUAAACAAUAGCUCUAUUAAUUGCGAUUUAACUAAUUUAAAAUAUAAUGAAGAACAAAUGAUGAAUUCUUUUAAGAUGUAUACAAAAAGAAAAAAGGGUUUUAUUUUUUUCUUUGGAAGUGGGCAUAAGAAUCAAUGGAUUUUGCCAGUUCACAAAAAAAUAACAAAAAUAAUAAAACUGUGUUCAGAAUCGGAAGCUUAUUUUUAUGCCUGGUUAUAUUUAUGUUGCAGAAAAAAAAUAUGUAUUGCAAAAACAAAAGAAAAUUACUCGUCCAUAUUAGAAGAUAAAGAGAAAAUUUGUAGCAUUCCUAUAUACAGAGAAUUUUCCGAUGACAAAAUAAGAUUAGCAAAACAAUUUUUAAAAUUUACUGUUCCUUGUUAUUAUGUUUUUCUAAAAGAAAAUCAGAUAAAUGAAUUAAAUAAUGAGAAGAUUACAAAAACAUAUUUUUCUAUUGAAAAAAACUUAUAUGACUCAAUGGAUACAUACACUGACAAAUGUAUAUCAGAAAUCUUAAAAAGUAUUCACCCUAUUAAAAAAAAUUAUAAUAGUAGUAAAAAAAAUUACACAAUUAAUCCUACUGAAUUAAUAAAUGUAAAUGAUUUAAAAAAAAAUUGUACAAAAGAAGAUACUAGCAAAAAAAAUUAUGCUUGCAAGCAAGAUGAAAAUAAAGCAAAAAGUUUUAAGCAAAGCAUUAUGCCAACUGUAGAUGAAAAUAUUAUGAAUCUUCACAAUAAAAGCUAUAAUUUUUUCAAAUCAAGUUAUAAUGAAAAAAACAACGUAGGAAAAAAUGCGUGCAUAACUGAUAUUGAAUAUAAAAAUAGGAUCAAAAAAAAAAAGAAAAAAAAAAAAGAAAAAACAGAAUGUGAUUUAAUGAAUAGUCCUAAAAAGUCUUUAAAAAAAGAAAAAAAAGCUGCUAUUUGUCUAAGUAAUGUAUUAAGUACUAUGAGACAUCCUUGUGUUAUCGAUAUAAAAAUGGGCAUUCGUUUAUAUGGAGAUAAUUGCAAUAAGGAAUCAAUUCAGAAGAAAAUUGAAAAAGCUAAGAAUAGAUCUUGUUUAUCACAUGGAUUUCAUUUAACGAGUUUGAUAGGUUGGUGUAAAAAAAAAAAGAAACCUUUCUUUAUAUCAAAAGAAGAUGCACAUUCUAUUAAGAAUGAUGAUGAUUUUGUGAAUGCUUUUAUUUCAUACUUUUUUGCAUGUGAUAAUAUUUGUCUUUCUAUUCUUUUAAUAAAAAAAAUAUUAUUAAUAUUAGAAAGGAUGAAGAUUUUUUUUGAAAAUCAAAACUAUUUUGCUUUUUAUGGAUCAAGCUUAUUAUUUGUUUUUGACUCAGAUCCCUCCAAAAAUAAAAGUGAAUAUAUUAGUGAAAAGAAUGUUAAUCAAAUAAAUUUAUUAUCAUCACAAGACAAUAAAAGUAAAAAGGAAACUUGUAUCAAUGAAAUAAAAAGAAAUGAAAGAAGAAAACAAGAAAAAAAUUAUAAUAAUGAAAGGAAAAAUUAUGAAGAAAUAUAUGACUUUAAGGAAGAAAUUGAAAAACUUUUUGAAGAGUCGUUAACUAAUGAAGAAAAAAAGAUAUAUAUGGAUAAUAAAUUAAAUACAAAAAUAUUAAAAAGCGCUGAUGUAUAUAUAAUUGAUUUUGCUCAUGCAAGUUUAAAUACAAAUGAAAAGGAUGAAGGGUUUUUAUUAGGAAUAAUAUCUCUUCAUCGUAUUUUGAAAAAAACAAUCGAAAAAAUCAAAAAUUUUCACUUAAAUAAUAAUUUGGAUCUGUGA